UCGUCUCGAAGCAGCCUGCCUCAGUGCAGUCAGCAUGGCGUCUCGUUCCGACAGCUCCGAAUCGCGGAAGAAAAAAGGUGGCACCGUUUAUUGCUGCGUGUAUGGUUGCCACAACAGCUAUAGAAAUGUUGUGGGGAAAGUCCCGAACAUUAAGUUCUAUAGCUUUCCAUGGAAGCCCUACGAGAAGGAGCGACGGGAGCGGUGGAUUAAAGCAGUGCGAAGAGCCAGUGCACACGGUGGACUGUGGCAACCCGUUAAGGGCCAAACACGCAUUUGUAGCGCCCAUUUCGUGGGUAAUGAGAAGAGUACUGUUGUCCACCACCCUGUCUACAUUCCAACGAUAUUCCCUUCCUGCUACGGGAGAGAAGAUGGCGUAGGGCCCGCAACGAAGCUAGAGAGAUACGAGCGGUUGCGGCGACGUGUUACAGCAUGUGCGGCGCGGACGUCUACUGGUUCUGACAGCGAAACAGGCGCUUCCUCUCUCGGUGGUCUGGUCCUUGGUGCCGUUGAGGACCAAUUGGAAGCUGCAGAUAAAAGCGUUACUUUUGCUUCGGUGGGGACUCAAACAGACGCAGAUGUACAUGGAGGCCAGUGCUGUAUAUUACUCUCAGUGACAUCAAAUGGCUCAGCCUCUACACAGCUGUCACAUGCAAGCACAUCAAACAUAGGUGUGCAGACAGUCCCGACGACAAGAUCCGCAAGCACUGGAACAGACGAAAGAAGCUGUGUAUUCCUUGGGUAUGACUCGCUAAAGGAGAGAGCAGAUGGAUUUAGGGAAUUAUGUGGCAUCAGCACCAAUGUCUUCGCUUUGCUGAUGUCUAUCCUGUCACCAAUAGCCGUAAGGCGAAUCGAUGUGCCGAUUCCUCAGAAACUUGUAAUUUUUCUGAUGGAGCUUAAGCUUGGCAUUUCUUUUGCUAGCUUGGGGGUCCUUUUUGGACUUCACCGUACGGCAGUUAGCCGUAUAUUUUAUUUUGUUUUAAGUAACCUGCUGGCUGCAAUGAAGGAAUGGAUACCCGAACCAUCAUUUUCCACAGUGCAAGCAACCAUGCCAGCAUGUUUUAAGUUGCACUAUCCACGCUGCCGUUAUAUAAUAGAUUGCACUGAAGUAAGAACUGAAGAACCACCUACAGUUGAGCAAAGGAGAGCACUCUUUUCACACUAUAAGGGUGGCUACACUUUGAAGUUUUUACUAGGCAUUUUGCCAAAUGGUGUAGUCACGUUCGUCUCCGAAGCCUACGGUGGUCGCACAUCAGACACUCACAUAACACUUGAAUCCGGAUUCCUUGACAGGAUUGAGCCUGGCGACAUAGUACUUGCAGAUAAGGGUUUUCCGGGCAUUAGAGCGCCCGUUUCAGGCCAGAAAGGCAUUGUUGUUUUGCCCCCUUUUUCAAAAGGGAAUGUGCAGUUUACGCAUGAGGAACUGCAGGAAACAUACAACGUCGCCCAAGUUCGCAUACACGUGGAAAGGGUGAUUCAAAGUGUGAAGAUGUUCAACAUCCUCAACGCAAGAAUAACCAUUGAGCUGAUUCCUCACAUGAGCGAUAUUAUGCGGAUGUGUUGUAUUCUGGUCAACCUACAGCCACCAAUCUUUGGUGCCAAAAAGCCUGACUCUGUAGAGGAGUGUUGAGAUUCUAAGCCGAUUUUAGUUUGGCAGAAGUGGACUGAAUCAAGUGUUCAACAGAACAUUUCCAGGACCUUGAAUUAGGACUGGGAACCAUUUUUAUUCAAUGCAAAUGUACAUAACGCAUGAAUGCAUUGCAAUAAAACUCUGCAAUAAAACAUGUUU